AUGCCAAUCAACACGGCGAUCGCGAACGAAAGCUUUCUGCAGGCAUGCCUCGGUAUCGCGGUGCCAUCCGCCGAGGAGCGCUUGGGGCUCAUGAAACGUGUCCGUGAGACUCACGAGCGUGGGUCAGCCCAGGCGGGUGGCUGUGAGCCGGAGGCACAAUUUAAAUUGCCAAACCUGCAGGAAAUGGUUGACGGUGGUCGCUUUUUGGCCGACCCAGAUGGCCAACGACGAUUCAUCGGUAACGCCUCGGGUGCUGCAUUCUUGGAUCAACUUCGGGAGUUUGCAAGCACUGUCCUCCCACUAGUCUGCAGAGGGGAUAACAGCCUCCGCCCAUCGCAAAUUCAAGAUUCGUUUUCCAAUCUCCUCGGCCGAUACCAGACUCAUGACUCUCGACCUUUGCAACUUCCAUUGGUGGACCCAUAUUACCUUCCGCCUGUCGAAGAGGCGGAGAGACUUUUAUCCACCUUGUCCCUUCCUACGUCGGGAGCGAGUAACGCAAGCUUUUUUUACUGGGGCCCAUUACCUGAUAUCAUGAGACAGGUCUAUUCUGGCGAUACGUUGAAAGAUAUCUAUGCUCAUUCCAUCCAACUCGCGACACUCAACGCCGCCAUGGCCCUUGCCACUCAGCAGUCGCCAACUUUACCUUCAGAACUACAGACAGGAGAGUCUUACUUUGCGCGGGCCUAUAUUUUGCUAGGAAGGCCACUAGACACGGCGACUCGAACUCAUGUCCCUUGUCUCUCCAUGAUAGGAUAUUACCUCUUAGGUGCGAACAGGCGGGACGCGGCUUACUCUUAUAUCCGGCUCGCUGGUCACAUUGCUGUCACCUAUGGCUACUAUCAGAGCUGGAUGACGAGCGAAGCAGAAAAACGAGAGUUUUGGACAGUCUACGUAUUGGAAAGAUUCGUGAGCUGUUUAUUAGGGCGCCCACCAAUGAUUCUGGAUGGAAAUAUUAGUGUCGACCUACCAACCGAUACACCGGACUUACCAAAUCCCGAGGGGCUUAGACUCCAUGUGAAGCUUGCUAAAAUUAUCGGAUGUGCGGUGGAGAAGAUCUACGGAUAUGGUGGUCGCGGAUCUAAGAACCCUGGCUUGGCGCAUAUAUAUCAUUUCCUGGACGAGUUGGAUAAUUGGCGCUCCGAAGUCCCUCCUUCUUUCGAUAUAGAUGGCUGCUUGAUGUCAGAAGCGGCCCGGGACAUCACGUCUCUACAUAUGGCAUACAACCAGGCAAGGAUUCUUGUCACACGCCAAAUCCUUUUUUCUGCCGUUCGGCAAAACGUGGCUAGAAGUUUUGUCCCCAGUUUGGCUAAAUUUCAGCCCGCGGACCAACAUCUUGUGAAGAUUUGCAGAACCGCGGCCUACGAAAAUGUACAGCUGCUUCAUCGUCUUUUUGAGACUGUUAACAGCGGGGACUCAACUUUGGGAAUCAUUGAUUAUCACAACGCUUUCAAUGCUGCAAUUAUACUUGAGCUUGAUCAUCUACGCAGACCCGCAAACUCACCAUAUGAGAAUACGGAACAACUUGGACGUAUUCUGAACAUUCUUCAUGGUGCGGGGCAGAAUGGAAAUGAAUUCGCCCGAGACUGCUCCACCGUACUCGCAGACCUCCGCCAGCUGGGUGGAAAGCUGACACAGGAAAUGUCCCGCCAAAAUCAAACGACCACUUUGCCACUGAAAACCCAGACCGUCCAGGGAUCUGGUAAUCUGCCUCCUGGUAUAUUUGACGUACCCGAUGUGCCGCCCAUGAGUCCUGCACCGAUAGACUCGCACCCCGAGUUCAACCUGGAAAGUGUACUUGAAGAGUUCACGAAUUGGUUAGAAGCGGGCCCGUUUUGA